AUGUUCGCCCUGAUCCAAGAUGCUCACAAGCUCUCCAAUGCUGUCUGGACUCAAUCCUUGGUAAGCGGUCCUGACGACUUGCCUCCUGGUCCUGGUGAAUACGGCGGUGCUGUCGGAACGGGUGACCUUUGGGGUGAUUAUUCUGCUGUCGGAUUGGGAUCGCGUGGAGCAUAUUGCGCACCUGAGAUGAAUGAAGCUAACACCUGCAGCUAA